UAUGAUCAUCCUAUUAGUACUUGUAUUCAUAGUAAAUGUACUUUCAAAUAUUCUAAAGCUUCUAUGUUAUAAGAAGAAAAAGACCAUAAAAAAUAGAAUUCCUUGCUCUGUCUUCAAAAGACAGAAUAUGGUGGAGGACACAAUCAGCAAUAGACCACCAAACAUGUGACAGGAGAGUUCACUUUUAUUCUCCUAAUUGGAUGAUGUCUUUUAAAAGGCAGGCCUAAGGAUAAAUGCCCUGGAAGACUUCAUUUUGUCCCUUUGUUUUGGAAAGACUGCUCCCAGUUCACUCUAGAUUUGGGCUGAACAGUCUUGAGGGUUUGACCGUAGGCUGGAGUGGCUGGAGGGUUAGUCCUAUCCAGAGGUUCUCACAGAGUGGUCUGAGGAAUCCCUGGGGGUUCCUAGACAUUUUCAGGGAGUCUGCCAGCCAAACUAUCUUCCUGUUAAUUCUUAGAUGUUAUUUGCCCUUGCACUUUCCUUCUCUCACAUGUUACAGUGAUUUUCCAGAGGCUACGCGACCUGCAAUAUCACAACCUCACACGUCAUCGCAGUGAAUGCAGAAGCAAAUGUGGGAAUCCAUCUGUCUUCUAUGAAGCCAGACAUUAAAGAGAUUUGUAAAAAUUAAAGAAAAUAAUGCAACGAUUAACAACAGCAACAGAAGAGUGAAGAUCCUGGGAUUGAGCUGCUGCUUGGAUGAGCCUAAUUUACCUGCCUGCCCCCAAGCUCGAGCUGAGAUGGAGAGGAGGAGGAUCUCGCCUCUUUGGCCUUUGUAGUAGGAAGUAUUUUUGGAGUUAAUGGAGUCAGAAGGACGCCAAGAUUCAGAGAGUUCAGAAAAAUCAGCAUUUUUCUCACAGCAUGAAGAAGAGGAAGAAGGUGAAGAUGAAGAAGCAGCCAGAGAACCAGAGGAAACGGGCACCAUUAAUCCCCUAUUACAGCCUGCUCUCACAGGGGAUGUAGAAGGUUUGCAGAUGAUUUUUGAGGAUCCUGAGAACCCUCAUCAUGAACAGGCCAUGCAGCUACUCUUGGAAGAAGAUAUCGUUGGCAGAAAUUUGUUGUAUGCAGCUUGCAUGGCUGGGCAAAGUGAUGUGAUUAGAGCUUUGGCAAAAUAUGGUGUGAAUCUGAAUGAAAAAACGGCCAGAGGUUAUACACUCUUACACUGUGCUGCAGCCUGGGGUCGUUUGGAAACUUUGAAAGCACUGGUGGAAUUGGAUGUUGAUAUAGAAGCUCUGAACUUCCGGGAAGAAAGAGCUCGAGAUGUUGCUGCUCGGUAUUCCCAGACUGAGUGUGUUGAAUUCCUGGACUGGGCAGAUGCAAGGCUGGCUCUGAAGAAAUAUAUUGCGAAGGCCUCUGCAGCUGUUACAGACACAGAAAAGGGACCAGGGAAGCUCUUUAAGGAAGACAAGAAUACUGUCCUCAAUGCAUGCCGUGUAAGAAAUGAGUGGUUGGAAACCCAUUUGGAAGCUUCAAUUAAUGAGAUUUUUGAGCAGAAGCAACAGUUGGAAGAUAUUGUGACUCCUAUCUUGACAAAAAUGGCUACACCACGUCAAACAAAAGGUUCCAAAGCUGUCGUCUAAGCCUUGGUGAGAAAAGAAGUCAAGAUCAUACCUUCUACUGAACAGAUAUUUUAUAAAAGGCUGCAUUUUCUUCUAGGAUUUGUAAAGGCAAACCCAUUCAUGCCAGUUGAAGAAAAUAGAUGUGGAGUUUUAUAAAAAUAGUUAAGUCUGAAAUUAAAUAAGUCUUGUUUUACUCUCUUCAACAUGCUUAUGUCCAGACCCUCUGGCUUUGCCUCUGCCCCCUCAAGGGCAGUCCCACGUGAGUUCCACGUGCUCCUUCCAGAGAGCACUUGGGUAUGAGUCACUCACAAAGAAUAUAUGGAAGCUUUAAAAGCUAUUUAGAGAAUCUAACAAUUUUCUGUGUAAUUGAGGCAGGAAAUUUCCAUUCAACCAAGGAAUUCUAUUAAAAAGAUGUAUUGCUUAUUUCCAGAAGAAAAAAUUGUUCUCCCUCUCUCAGAAGGAAAGCUAUGGGAUGACAUUCUGGAGCAAGGAAAUAUUAAGAAUGCUUUGGAUCCAGGUCCUCUGCUUAUACAACUAUUACUGUUUAUGUCCAAACUAAAAUUGACCUGUAAGGUGGCACACAAUCCCUUAAUAGACCUUAUUUCUUUAUCUUCAGCCUCCUUCUGUCUUUAAUAAACACAAAUCUGUUUAGUUUUUUAUUUAGAUUUCCCCUUUUCUGUAAGUUUGGUAAUACAGAUAUUGUAACUGGACUCCAUGCUGUUUUUCCUUCUGAUCUGUUUUGUAUUUUGUAGGUUUUAAAUAUCAUUGUAGGUUUCCUGUUAGUGAUUUGAAAUGUCUUUUUUUCUAGUUAUCUAAAAGCCCCUGAACCUCCUACUACUCUGUGACUUUCUGGAGAAGCGUUAUAGAAAGAAAGUGUUAAAACAGCAGCAACAACAAAAACAAACACAUUGCUCAUUGUUCCUAUGACUUUCUCUUCUUUGCCCUGCCCUGAAAGCUAGUUUUUCCUGUCAGAGAGGAAGGCAAAGAAAUGAGCAAUUCAGUAAUUCCUUGUCAGUUGACGUUUUCUCAGCCAUGGGUUUGAGAUAACACCGUUUUAAAUUUGUCUCACAAAUUUUAAAGUUUUUAGAUCUUUUUUACGUACCAGCAGUUCCGUUUCAGUUGCCUUAAGCAACAGCACGGGGCGGUAACUCUCACUCCCACCCCUGGUAGAUCCAGUGGGUGUUUACAGAGUUGUGCAAAGACGGAGAUCUGUGUGUGCUCCGUUCUCUUAAUACUGCGUACUGUGAGAAGUCCAUUAUCUUUGGGCACUGCAAUAAUUUGGGAAAAGGCCAGGUGCCAUUUUUGUUUUUUCUACGUUUUCUGAGCCUUGAUCUUGAACAUGACAUUAUUUUCCAGGCAUGUGGUCCUGGCCAUUAGAGAAGGAUUCCUGAAUCUCACUUCAAAGUUUCCUAGGUAAGACUGAGGCGCUUCUGGAGACUCCUAGUAGGAUAUAAACCUCUCUUUUGUUCGUCUUUCCAUCCUUAUCUUCAAAUUUUUUGUAGCUUUUGAUAUACUUGGUAAUGUGGUCUUCCGGACUCUCCUUGUAUUGUCACGUUACAUCAUUAUGGUUCCUUUACUUUCUUACAAACUGCUUUUCUAACUCUUUCAGCAGCUGCUAUGGUUUGAAUAUGCUUGUGUCCCCGCCAAAUCCAUAUGUUGAAACCUAAUGCCUGUGUGAUAGUAUUGGGAGGUGGAGCCUUUGGGAGGUGAUUAGGUCAUGAGGACAGAGCCCUUACAAAUGGGGAUUAGGCCUUUAUAGAAGAGGCCCUUGUCAGCUCCCUUGCCCCUUGCACUAUAUGAGGUUACAGCAACAAGACAGCUGUCUAGGAAGUGGGCUCUCACUGGACACCGAAGCUGCUGCCACCAUGAUCUUGGAUUUCCUAGCCUCCAGAACUGUAAGGAAGAAAAGUUUGUUGUUCGUGAGGUAUGUGGUUUAGGGUAUUUUUGUUAUAGCAGUCUGAACAGACUAAGACACCCAGCUCCUCUUCAUCUUGCCUCCAGCUAGGGUAACUUCUCCAAAGUCAAUCCUAUCUUACAGCUUUGUAUGUCAAUUAUACCUCAAUAAAGCUGGAAAAAAAAAAGUCAAUCGUAACCCUUAGUGAAGCAAUCUGUAAUUCCGCAUCCCAUGACCUUCUCUAUCCCCAAUAUUAGGAACAACAUAUCCCUCCUUCUUUGGGGCACCCAUAGUGCUAAUAGCCUCAUCCUAUUCUAUUUCACUGUUCACAUGUUUAUCUCCCCAUGUGAAUUGUGAGCUUUUUAAGGGUGAGGGCUUUGUCUUGUUUUCAUUCAUCCCUAAAGAGCCCAUUGGAUAGUAAGUUAGUAAAUAAUAGUUGAAUGAACUCUCUUUUGGCACUCUCCCUCGUGGAACCUCUCAUCUUCGUUCAUUUAUAGAGCUUGUUCACCUUUCUAAAAAUGGCUCCUGGAUCUUUAUCUCCAUGUCUUGCUUGUGCCAGUGCCCCAUUUCAAUUCCUACUCCUCCAACAGAUGUCUCACAUAUCCAGCAUUAUGUCUGUGUUAGCUGGUUUCUUCUCUGACCUAUUUUCUAACCUUCAUCUUGAAUGCCGUGUUAAUUUUCAGGCAUGUGAAUCUGGUGAUUACCAAGGGAUCCCUGGAUCUCCCUUCAAAGAUUCCAUUGAUAGGAGAAUCUGAAUAUACGUCUAUAUCUAUAGAUCUAUAACUUUAGUAUGUUUUGAGAGAUAUAGUACUUCUUGUGUCCUAUUGUUGCAUUGAGUUACCAAUAUAUUCAUAGAAGAGUUAAAAUGUCCUUAUGUUUUGUGUUUGAGCUGUUACACAGGUAGCUGCAUGACUUUUUCUGAACACGCACAGAGUAAUUACUAUUUCAAAGUGCAUACUAGUAAGUUAAAUCACAUUAUUUGAGAGGUGGUAGAGCAAAGGCUAAAUUCAGUGUUUUGAUAACUUCUAAAUAGUAGUUCCUUAGAUGUUUUUAUUUCAUUGACUGGGAAAAUGUAAAAAAAUAAAGGGAGGAGAUUGAUAUGACAUCAUUAAGAAAACAGCUGCUAUCUGCUAUCACUAUCAUUUAAUAAAAUAAAAGACAUUUUAACACCAGAAAAGAAGCGAAAGUAUGAUCAGUGUAAGUACCCUUUACGUUGAAUAAAUUGUUUUAUUCAAUUUAUUCAAGGGGCUUUUAUGUUAUAUGUUUUCAUUUUGCCAUCUAUGAUGGGACUUUUAUCAUGAAUCACUACUGGCAUAUGAUUCAGCCUUUAAGAACUUCUGCUCUACAUUAAGCUAAAGCAGGCAGACUGCUAUUUAGGUUAACAUGAUGCCCCAAACUGUAAAGGAAUGACAACCUACCCCAGUGUUUUAUCUAAUAUGUGAUAGGUUUUAUUUUCCAAGAUGGCCACAUAUCCUAUUCCACGUGCUCUUCUUACAGUAUGGUCAUGACAUUCCUCAUUGGAGAAGUGGGUCUCUCUUCUCUCCUCUUGAAUCUGGGCAGGCCUGUGACUACCGUGGAGGUAAUACUAUGUGAUUUCCGUUGAUCAUAAAAGAUCAUAACAGGUGAUACCUAAUUCCCUUGAGAUGCUCGCUCUUGGAAACCAGCCUGUGGAGAGACUCACGUGGACAGAAACUGAGGCUCCAGCCCAUAGCCCAUGCUGAGCUCCAGCCAGCAGUCAUCCCCAACUUGCCAGCCAUAUGAGUGAGCCAUCUUGGAAAUGGAUCCUCCAGUCGAGCCACCACAGCUGAUGCUGUAUGGAGCAGAGACAGCCUUCUCUGUUGAGCCUUGCCAAAAUUGUAGAUUUCACCUAAAUAAAUGAUUGUUGUUGUUUUAAGCUAC